GGAGAUGAGUGAGGUCCUGGCGUCUCGAAAUGGCCUCGCUCGUCCGCGAUGCGAGAGUGCCGUCUGUUAAGUGAUGCAGGGCUGAUUGACCACCGCACAAUGCUCGCAACGUGCCUUCUGCUGCUGACCCUGCGGUCGGCCGGGGGUGUUGUGCCUUUGAGGGUGCAGCCCGAGACCGCAGUGCAGAAGCAGGAGAAGGAUCUGUACAUCGGUGCAAUCUUUCCCAUCAACGGCACUGGCGGCUGGCUGGGGGGCCAGGGGUGCCUACCUGCUGCCCUCAUGGCCCUGGAGGAUGUAAAUGCUGUGCCCAAUUUGCUGCCCGGGUACAGGAUGAAGAUGCCCUACAAUGACAGCCAGUGCAACCCGGGUCUCGGAGCCACGGUGAUGUACGACCUGCUCUACAACCCUCCGCAGAAGCUAAUUCUUCUGGGCGGAUGCUCCAUCGUCUGCUCCACCAUUGCGGAAGCCGCCAAAAUGUGGAACCUCGUAGUUGUAUCUUAUGGUUCGAGUUCCCCUGCAUUGUCCAAUCGGAAGAGAUUCCCAACCUUCUUUCGAACGCACCCAUCCGCCACCAUUCACAACCCGACCCGGAUCAAGCUGUUUCAGAAGUUCAAGUGGUCCAGGAUCGCCAUCAUCCAAGAAGCCGAAGAAGUUUUCAUCUCAACAGGUGAGGAUUUGGAGGCUCGGUGCAAAGAAGCCGGCAUCGAAGUGGCCACUCGCCAAAGUUUCAUCUCUGAUCCGACAGAUGCAGUCAGAAAUUUGGUGCGACAAGAUGCCAGGAUAAUUGUGGGAAUGUUUUACGUAGCAGCUGCUAGGAAAGUAAUCUGUGAGGCCUACAAGCAGAAGGUGUACGGCAGACAGUACGUGUGGUUCCUGAUUGGAUGGUACGAGGAUGACUGGUAUACGUUCAUCGACAAGGCCCACAACUGCACAGUGGCAGAGAUGAAGGAGGCUGUGGAGGGGCACCUCACUACCGAGGCACUCAUGCUGAACCAAGGGGCAGAGCCCACCAUCUCGGGAAUGACCUCAGAGCAAUUCCUGGAGCGCUACGAAAGAGAACUGAAGAAUUAUAAUUACGUGGGACGGAGGCCCGUGGGCUACCAAGAGGCUCCUCUGGCGUAUGAUGCCAUCUGGGCGAUCGCGCUGGCCCUCAACAAGACCAUCAACCAGCUGAAGGCGCACAACCAGUCCAUUGAAGACUUCAGUUACACCAAUGACGACAUCGCCAAGCAAAUCUACUCGGCCAUGAAUUCGACGCAGUUCCUCGGCGUCUCGGGGUACGUGGCAUUCUCUUCAAAAGGCGAUAGAAUCGCUUGGACCCAAGUAGAACAAAUGAUAGAUGGCAAUUAUACCCUGCUUGGCUACUAUGACACGCAAACAGAUAACCUAACGUGGCUGAAGAAAGAAAAAUGGACAGACGGCAAGCCUCCUCCGGACCGCACGAUCAUCAAGAAAGUGCUGCGCACCGUUACUCUGAGUCUCUUUAUUGGCAUGACCGCAGUGUCCGGACUCGGCAUCCUCUGGGCACUAGGGCUGCUCAUCUUCAACACCAUAUUUAGACAUUCAAGGUAUAUUGCACUGUCUCAUCCCAUGUGUAACAAUAUCAUGUUGGUAGGGAUCAUCUGUUGUCUCCUGUGUGCCUGUCUUCUCGGCUUGGACGGACAGUUUGUUGGAGAGGCCAGCUUCAACCACCUGUGCCAGGUGAGGGCUUGGCUUCUGACGGUUGGAUUCACCCUUUCCUACGGUGCAAUGUUCUCAAAAAUCUGGAGAGUUCAUAAACUCUCGACGAAAGCGAAGACAGACCACAAGAGAAAAUACAGCUGGAAACUCUACUUCAUGAUAGGCAUGCUCUUACUGAUGGACGUUCUGAUCCUGUCCGCGUGGCAGAUCAUCGACCCCCUCCGUCGCAAAAUGGAGGUUUUCCCCUUGGAGGACCCGGAGUUCAAAGAGGAGGACAUCAAGAUUGAGCCGCAGCUCGAGCAUUGCGAAUCCGAGAAUAACGCCGUCUGGCUCGGUAUCCUAUACGGUUACAAAGGACUCCUCCUCAUUUUCGGUAUUUUCCUGGCGUACGAGACACGCAGUGUGAAAAUCAAGCACCUCAAUGACUCCCGACUGGUUGGAAUGAGCAUCUACAACGUUGUGGUCCUCUGCCUCAUCACCGCUCCAGUGACCCUCGUAAUCAGCAGCCAGACGGACGCCACCUACGCAUUUGUGUCCCUCGCCAUCAUUGUCUGCUCCUUCCUGUCCAUGGCGCUCAUCUUCAUUCCGAAGAUUAUGGAACUAAUUCGCCGACCACGAGAAAGAGUCGACUGCAGAACUCUGACAGACACCAUUACAAGCCGGGAGGAAGAAGACAGGCAGCAGCGUCUUCAGCGGGAAAAUGAAGAACUACGACGCCAAAUCAUGGAGCGCGAAGAACAGAUCCGACAGGCCACUUUGGCACUCCAGGAAAGGAACGCCCUGCGGAAUCUUCAGCUGGCUUCCACCAUGGGAAGUGGCGACAGAGUCCGCAUCACCGUGGGACAAUACACCGACCUGCUGGCCCCCAAGGACAUCACUAAUGAUCCCACUUCGGAUUCGGGAUUCAUAACGGGCACAUCCAUGGCCAGAAGCUCCAGGUCAGACUUUGAGUUCUCAGAGUCCUACCUGUGAGAACUGGGUCUGCCCGCACACUACGAGUACUUAAUUACUUGAUGUCCAGUGGCAUCCCGAUCUUCUUGGAGACCAGGUUUUCUGAAUUCGGAAUGAAUACCAAUGCCAGACUUCGAUCCUUUGAAACCAACUGGAACGGUUUAUCUCUGGUUUCUGAAUUAUAAUAACAAUUCACUCUUGUUUUCGAUUCAUUUUAAAAUCACACUCUGCUUCGACAUUUUGGUUUGGAUUCUUUAUUAUUCAACAUUAAAUUUUAUCUCUGAAUAUAAUUAUGUUGCAAUAUAAAAGUGAAACAAAUGUUACACUUAUUCCAACCCAAUUAAUAAUGCAGGAUUAGGAUAAUCGAAAACAGCGAUAAAGAUUACACCUGCGAAUGAUUGUAUGUUGAUUAUGAGCCACUUCAAUGAACGUUCGGUAGCAAUAACAGCUACCCGAAAAAUGUGUGUGUGUUUUUCAUACAACUGCAAUUUAACACAUAAUUUAAGUUGCUUUAGAUUCCAUCGACGAAGAUCUGAAAUUCCAAAAUGAAGAAAAGGGUAUUCUCAUCUAUGAUUCUGUACACUUGGCAAAACAUCAGGCUAAAUUUAUCAGUCAAGUACACAGAAUUGGUUGCACUUUCAAUAACCUGUUGAAGCACUGGAAGGUUAUUAAGAGAAAAGAGUUCAUUCUUAAGAGCAAUCUCAGUAAAAAUAUCUUGCAAUCAAUCUUUAAAAUACACAAACUAAAAGCCAAAAUUUUAUGCAAAUAAAAUGAUAUAUAAUAACUCCUUUUUAAUCAAAUGUAUAAUGGUGCAAAUUAAGAUUUCAUUUUUUUUUUUUUUAAAUUAGUGCCUAUAAUAUAUGGAUAUGCAAUAAUAUGACUCUUUAAAAAACAUCAAAUAUUCUUGUUUUAUUUAGCUUUAAUUAUCAGCAUAUUUUUAUGACUGAACAGGAAAACACAUUAAAGGAAUUGUUCAAAGAAUUUUAAUAACUGAUAGAUAGACAGAAUCACAAGAUUUUAAUCAAAUGCCAAAUUUUCAUCAGCAGAUUAAAUUCUACAAGAUAUUUGGAAUCUAAAUAGAAGUUUGAGUGGGAAUUGCAACAUAACACAGAUUAGAUUCUAGUAUAAACUAAUUAUAUGGUACUUUUCCGUUAACAGUCUCAAAAUAAUCACCAAAGUAAUUUGAAUGUGAUGGCCUUUGCCAUAUUCAAUCUUAGCGAUCAAUGUUGGCAGCAAAACAGGAGAAAAAAUGCCACCAUUUCUGCUUGGCUCCAAUUAAAUCCCACAAAGAUAGUUAGAAUUUAGUGUGUUUUGCCUAGAGCUUUGUUAACAACCAAAGUACCAUUUAAACCCUAUUCCAUCUAGUUCUGCAACUGCACUUUAAUUAGUGUUCCAAUGCAUCUUUUCAUGAAAAGCAUUCAUUUGGCAUUUUCAGAUAAUAUAAAUAUUGAACAAACAAUUUGUAAUCUAACAUGUUAGAUAUUCAGUAAUAUUUAUCACCAAAAAAGAUUGUUAUAUAACAUCCAAUAUUUUAAAGAUUUCAUGUAUUAGAUCAUAUUAUUUCACUUCAAUAUGCAUAUUGGUAUCAGAGAAUGAAAGAAAUCUAUAUUAAUCCUCAAUUCCAUUAUCAGCCCAUGAAUUAACAUAGUACUGAUAUUAAUUAUGAAUCUUUGAGAAUCAACUGAACUUUCUUUGACCACCAGUACAUUUAGACUCUAUAAAAUUUAUACAAAUACCAUAAAAUCAGAAAUAACAACACUCAUGAAAAUUUAACAUACAGAAUAUGGUAUGUUAAAAUAUUAUAAACAGUUUCCAUGGCAAUAAAAUUGUUUGGAAAUAUUUUAAUAGUCCAUUUGUAUUAAUAAAACAAUCACAGGAACUAAAAUUCACUGCAUAAAUAUUUUUUCAAAGUGAUAUUUAUGACAUUGUACAUAAAGUGUAAAUACAAUGAAUGAAAAUUAUACUUGAUAUUUUAACUUUCUGUGAAGCUUAAAAACAAAGUUAAUGAAUUGUGAAUUGUAAUGUACAUGAUGCAUAUUAUGAUAGAGAAUCAUAUUUAAACUGCAUGCAAAGAUAUAUUCAAAGAAUAAUAUGUUAUUUCAUAAUGCUUAUGGUAGUUAUUUAUUGUUAGAUGUUACUUUUUUAUUCUUGUAAGAAAUACUGUAGCUUUUAUCUUAAUUGGAAAAUUAUACCACUGUUUUAUAAUUAUAAGACAAAACGAAUCAUUUAACACCAUGUUUAAUAUGGUAAGCAUGCAUUUUAAGAAAUAUGAUUAUUCUAAUCACUGUUAAUUGAUGAGGUGUUUAACUGCAUUUUCUUUUUUUACAUUUCAGAAGCAAAUACGAAACACAGGUCUGAAAUAAAUAAGUCUAAACAGUA